AUGGGGCACCGCGGCGCCGUGCUGUGUGUGCUGCUGUUCGUCGCGCUUGCCGCUCAGCUCGAGCUCGGUACCGGAAGCAACUCGUCGUAUGCGUUAAAUGAUCCCGAGGAAGUGGUGGUGACGGCGGCGGCGUGGGGAGGCGGGGCGGCGGGCGCCGCGCUAGGCGCCUUGCUGGCGGCCGCCCUGCGGCGCGGCGGGCGGGCGACGCGGCGCCGCCCGCGCGCCGCGCCUGCCUGCGCCUGCCCACCGCCACCGCCGCCGAAGCCACCCGCCGCGGCGCGCGCUCCCUGCUGGACCUGGCCGACGCGGAGGUGGCGCGACUGCACCACGUGCCCCAGCGCGAGGUCGACGCCGCGCUCUACUCCCUCGAAGGACUAUCGCGGAAUUUCACCACCAUUUUCGCACCGCCUUGGUGUACACUAUCCAAUUCAACUUGUGCCC